AUGUCAACCUUCAAGUUUGAGAAGCUUUUGGUCGGACCCUCCGUUGACCUUUUUGAUAAGGAAUUUCCUCACCAUAAUGUUUGGGAAGUUGAAACGUCGUCCAAGGACCCGUCCUUGGAGUUAACCUCGGACUUCCGCCUUAACAGAUCAGACGAGCUCCUUGGCCUUGUCACACUUAAGAAUGUUUUCCCCAACUUCACCAGUGAAGUUAACCUGAAUUCGACAGGCGUUCACCACUUGGAUGUCACAUCGAAGUUGCCAUUCUUCCCUGAUGCCACAGUCGGAACAAAGUAUCUAUUCGAUACCGACAAAAAUCAUCACCACUUCUUUGUUUCUUCCCAGGUCGAGAACAAGUUCAUGUGGAGCAGAUUUGAGAUGAAACCGCUCGACUUGGAGUAUAAUUUCUUCUCUCUCUUCAAGCUUGGACCACAAAAAAGGUGUUUGGUCGGUGCUGAGGUCACUGGCCACAAGCUCGGCAGAGUCAACGUCACACUCGGAUCUGCGUAUAAAAGGGAGUUUGGAAACCACAACUUUUUGUUAGGACUCAGAUUGUUCGGUAAUAAGGACGAUUACCUUGAUCGUGUUGUUGGAAAUGUCCACUUGACCAAGGACGGCGGCGUCAAGCCAGUGUCCAUGGGUGUUAAGCUGGACCACGCCAUGAAGUCGAAGAGGACGACGCUGAGCUUCGGCGCACAGUGGUAUCUAACGCCACUCGAUGAUCCGCACGCCUCCUUUGUCAAGGCUAAGGUCGACAACGACGCGAGGGUCGCCCUGUCAUUUAGCCAGAAGUUCAAUUCGCUUGUAACAAUGCUGUUCGGCCUUGACUUCAACGGGAAGAGCCCGCUCCAUGACCCGGAUGUUAACUACGGAGUUAAACUGACACUCAAGGCUUAA